AUGUCAACAUUCUGGACGUUUUGCGCGAUCUUCGCGGCUCUAUACGGCAUAAUCAUGGUCAGCUCAGUUUCACUUUUAACUAUCUUAGACGAGGCCACGUUCAUCGACCGCUGGGGUGAAAAUCAUUUAGUGUUAAGUGAAAGUGGCGUCGAAAAUACCACCAUCUAUUACGCCCUUUGUGACAGGUACAUGCAGGGACGAGGGAAGAGGGGAUGUACUCUACAUCGAAGUAAGGUUUACUCGGAAGAUGCCAAGUGCAACAUCACACUGCACUUCGAAUCAGCCCUUGGCAGCCUCAUCCCAACGCAUCUCAUUACAAUCGAACCGCUUGGCAAAGAUCGAGCAAUCGUGCGUUGGUUCUUAAGGGAAUAUACCACGGAAAUGUAUUUCUAUAAAAAGCCCAUUGUUACGUCUCACUUGCGAUUCAGUAUCGUCAAUUUUUCCAAUUGCAAAGUCAAAACAACCAAGGUUUCGGAAGAUCUCGAUCGGCUAAUUAUGAGUGAAAAUGAUUACAAUUUAGAUUUUAUUAAAGCUACCAAAAUUGAUUAUGAUAAAUUCUUCAAAUUGAGAUAUCUUAAAGGAGAAGAUGAGUUUGAAGUUUUGUCAGCUAACAUGGGAAAAGUUUAUAGAUCAUCGAUCGAUGCCGAAGGAGUUGCUUCGCCGGUCGAUACAUUGCUCACUUACCCCGAAGAUGUCUUGGUCGAGCCUCUUAUUGUUCCAUUGUCAAAGGACAAGGGCUAUUUGUUUAUUGAAUCACCAAGUCCCCAUUCAACCGGAAAAAAAAGGAUGGCCGUAGCUCUCAUCCAGCCAAAUGGUCAAAGAGAAAAUUUAACUCGUAUCGAAGGUGUGGAUUCGCCUUUGGUCUCAUUGGCCAACGGAUUGAUCGGCAUAUGCGCUCGACAGAACGAAACUACAAUGAAAUGUACACAGUUCAAGCUCGGCGACAAAGAGAUCGACUGGUUUUCUGCCAACAUCAGUUGUGAGGAUUAUGUGGGGUGUCCACGAAUCAUUUACAACUUGCCGGAAGGUGAAGGAUUUCUGACCGUCAGAAGCGUGGCUAGAAGCCUUUUUCCCUUCAUAGUCGACAAGUAUCCGGUUAAAAUCGGACUGGAUGGAAAACCAACGCAAUUAGUGUUUUCCCGUAUGGGGUGCGCAAAAAAUCAGGACCACACAUUCACCAAACUUUUCCAAGACGAUGAGGGCCAUUAUCGGCUGAGCAGCGCCUGCGUGCAAUACUCUACCCAUAAAAACACCUUAAAUUAUUUAUGGUUUUCAAAUUACAUAUAUGCAAUUUGA